UUAUCACCGCUCCUUCUUUAGAUGUGGAUGAAGCCAUUUUUUGGGCCUCAUGCAAUAAUUUAGUCAGAAAUGAGGUGGACACACAGAGCUUCUUGUGACAUUUUUUGCUCCUUCUCGCUGUCUUGUCCCCGCAAGAUUAGUUUGGUCAACAAAUCCUCUUGUCCCCUUUACUUGGUGUUGCUGUUGCAGAGCAACAAAAGGCUCCUCUUGAAUCUUGAUCUGUUCCGAUAUCCUCCAACCACGCACAAACGGCAGGUAUGGUACUGAUCGAUCAUUCCCUCCCUCACUCUUUCGACAGAGAGUCGUUAUAUACUUUUAUUGGCUAUCCUCCAUUCCUCCAUGCUAAAGCUUUCCAAGAGAGAAAUCCAGAAAUUUAUUUGUUCUACAUCAUAGCAUAGUUUGAGUUGGGUGAAAUGCCCUAGCCUUCUUUUGUGCAUAUAACACUCUUUGCAGAAAAAGAAACAAAUAAUCGUUUUAUUUCAAUAUGAGCAGACAAUAAUAAUUUGGUUGCCUACGAGAUAAAUUGUGCAUGUAUCUCCAAGACCUUGGCCUUCCAAUAUAGGCAGGUACCGUUUUUUGUUUUCUCUUUUGGAACUCGCCAUAUAAAUAUAGAUAAUUUUUCGAGAUCUCCUCACAUACUUUAAUCAGUUAUCAGCAGAAUAAACAUACUUUCUACCUUUUACAAACCUGAAAGUGAAGGUAACUCUUUUCUUGAUAGAAGCCUAUUUAACUCUGCAAAUUACUCCCUCCGAUCCAUAAUAAGUGUCGCUCAUUUUGUACUAAGUUAUAGUACAAAAUGAGCGACAGUUAUUAUGGAUCGGAGGGAGUACUAAAUUGUUCUCAAUACACUUUUCUGGUGACGUAGUAAUUUGAGCACGUACUGAUUCAGAAUGUACCUUCAUUUGCUGUUGCCAGCCCCAUGUCUGAGUUUUCGUAUGGGAUACUGUCCCCAGUAGUCACCAUCUUUGCAAAUGAGAUAUGGGAGCCCAUUAAGAAGCACUUUGGCUACUGUCUCAAACCUAAGACUACUGUUGGUAAACUAGCAAAAGCUGCUGCAGAUUUGAAAGACAUCAAAGACACUAUUGAGGAGAAAAUUGAACUGGGCGAACAUGAGAGCAAGAGACCAACGGAGCAAACAAAGCAGUGGAUACAGGGGGCUCAAUCAGCUGAAAACGAAUCAUACAGGAUCAUGAAUAAGUACGAGGGAAGGAACAUACAUGUCUUUGGUUGCUCCUGGAACUGUUUCUUCAACCAUAGGAUUAGCAGUGCUGCUACCAAGAAGCAGCGUGAUGCUGACGGGCUCAUGAAGAGAAUUCCCCGGGAUGAUAGUAUGUUCAGUUUGCUCCCACCAGUUGGCAGAGAGCUGCCUCUGCCACCUAACAUUGUGGGGCAAAACGAGUACAAAGACGAGGUUGUUGGCUACAUCAAGCAAGGCUGCAACAUAAGCUUCAUUGGGAUAUGCGGCAUGGGAGGUGCUGGCAAAACAACUCUCCUUAAGCAAUUAAACAACUUCUUCAGCUGUGCUGCAGAAGCACGUGAAUUUGAUCAUGUCAUUUACGUGGAGGCAGGUCAUCAGCUAAAUCUGAGUAUAGUUCAGCGCAAUAUUGCUUCCCAGCUCGGCCUGACACUAGGACAGGAUGAGAGCUCCACAUCUCGAUCUGCAUCCCUUUAUAACUGCUUGAAGGAAAGGAAGUUUUUUGUUGUUGAUAGAUGACCUUUGGCAAACACUGAACCUAGUCAAGGUUGGUGUACCGCAAGGUUCCAGUCAAAUUAGUCCUCAAAAUAGGCAGAUGAUAAUAAUCACAACACAUUUACAACAAGUCUGUUAUGGAAUGCAAGCGCAA